CUUUUUCUUUAUAUUCUUUAAUGACGGCUUCAUUUGCAGAUUUGACAAAGAGAGCAACUGUAGACAAAAGUGAUACACAUAAAUACUCUGCCAAGUUAUGGGUGUCUUCAGUAAACAAGCUAUAUGAACAAGGUGAUAUGAAAUAUCAAAAUGAAGACCUUGAAGAUGCCUAUGUUCAUUAUAUGAAAGGCUGCAGCAUAAUGCUAGAGAUUAUCAACAAACACCAGAAUUACAAGGAGGUCAAAAGAGAUCCUUUAUAUCUAAAACUAAAGACACGUACUGAAAAUGACGUACUUGAUCGGCUUGAAUAUCUUAACUCAACUCUACAAGAAAAACUGGGCAAGAAGAACAUGGUUGAGGAGGCAUUGGAGAAAUAUCCACCUUUGACUCCUACUAACGGACAAGUCUUGCUGGAUGGACUGCCUUCAGUUCCAACACAUAAACCUGGCACAGCCUCACUGCAACAGGUGCCAAGACGGUCUCCACCACUACCACAACAACAAUCUAUACCACCUCCACCUCCACAGUCCAUGAAAAUGCCAGAGCCACAACCAACAACGCAGCCACCAAUUCACUCUCGUAAUGGUAUGGAAUUUCCGAGGCCCACCAAUUAUCAACUAUCGUUACCCACAUUGACUGUUGAACCAUUACAGCUAGCCAGUUGGAUCGUGAAAAACAGCUCUGGCCCACAGCCAAGUGUGCUAUUGCUAGAUAUUCGGCCAAGGGACGUUCAUAGUCAAGGAUUCAUAAGACAUCGAUGGGUAGCCCAGAUUGAACCAUUAGUCAUAAAGCCGAACGUAAGUUCACAGAAAAUUGAAGAGUCGAUGAUUAUGAACCCUGAAGUGGAGCAGCAGAUGUUUGCUAGACGACAUGAAUACUUUGAUCUUAUUGUUUAUUAUGACCAAAGGUCAACCGUUCUUGAUAAGGAAAAUCAGACAUUAUACCAUCUUCGACAAGCUAUUUAUGAGUUCGAGUUUCAAAAAGUAUUGCGAAAUGCGCCUAUUAUGCUCAUAGGAGGCUUUGAUGCUUGGAGUAGGACGAUAGGACAGCGCGGAGUCUAUAGAUACACGGAUAAUAGCAAGCCCAUUCUACCAGAAAAGAGAGACUCUGAUCAACGUACUCCUUUGUCGCCUGUUAAAGUACACCAUACGCUCUAUGACUAUUUUACGUAUAAAGGGCCAUCUAUGUCAAAGGAGUCUAUGGUUCGAAAUAAUAAGAACCAUGUCGAGACGCCCCCUCUCCGAGGAAUUUUUGCACAUACCCUUGCAUCUCCAGAGCCUGAAACAAAGCUUACUAUGCCAAUACCCCAACCUGUCAAUCAGGAAAAGAAUCAAAAUGCGUCCGAGCUCACACGACGCAAGACAUUUAUUGAUAACCCAUUUCAUGGAUUCACGAGCACAACCAAUCAGCAAUUUGACGUUCCUCCGGCCAUCCUGAGGAAGAAGCGACCACCAAUGCCCUCAAAGGAACAGGCACCGCCUCUACCUCCUAAGCCAUCUGAUAUCAGUCUACCCGAAUAUCGCGCUGCUCCUGUCUCUGAAAAUUCAUUCUCUCAGAUGGGCAAUAUAGUCGUGGGCACAACCGGUUUGAAAAAUCUAGGUAAUACCUGCUAUAUGAAUUCAAUUAUUCAAUGCCUUAGUGGAACUAUCCCAUUUGCUCGUUACUUUAUCUCUGGUGUAUAUAAGCAUCAUAUCAAUAUGAUAAGCCCCCUUAGCUCCAAAGGUCGGUUAGCAAAUGAAUUUGCUGACUUAUUGCGUCUCAUGUGGGGCGGCAAUUACAGCUUCAUUUCACCCGUUCCUUUUAGAGAAGCCCUUUUAGAAUUUGCACCUCAAUUCAGAGGGUGUGAGCAGCACGACUCUCAAGAAUUUCUGAAUUUUCUACUAGAUGGCCUUCACGAAGACUGUAACUUGAUAACAGAAAAGCCUAAUAUUCCCUCAGAAACGGCCGAAGAAGAAGCUCUAUUUGAACAAUUGCCAGAUUGGAAAGCCAGCACUAUAGCUUGGGAUAAAUACUUGCUUCGAAACUCAAGUGUUGUCGUCAGUUUGUUUCAGGGGCAGUAUAGAAGUCGACUCACUUGCCUGACUUGUCAUACAACAUCAACAACUUAUAAUUCAUUCAUGUCCCUUUCUUUGCCCAUUCCUGCUAGUCGCAAUGGACCUACCACAGUGAACAUUUAUCAGUGUUUAGAUUAUUUUGUACAGGACGAGAUUUUAGAAGGUGAUAAUGCAUGGAACUGUCCUCGUUGCAAACAGGCUCGUCGUGCCAGCAAGUCGUUAACAUUGGCAAAAUUGCCUGAUGUGCUCUUGAUUCACUUGAAACGCUUCUCAGUUGAAGGACUAUUUAAUAAUAAGCUCGAAACUGUGAUUGAUUCUCCCAUAAGAGGGCUAGACUUGACGAAAUAUGUACCUGCUACCAUGUUUCCUCCAGAUCAACCACCCGAAAAGUCCAUGUUUAACUAUGAUUUGUAUGCAGUUUCUAACCAUUAUGGAUCAUUAACGGGUGGACACUAUACUGCCUGCGUUCGAAAUGGAUAUAGGAAUGAAUGGCACAAUUUUGACGAUACUCGUUUCUCAGUCUGUGAUGAAUCAAAAAUCAUGAGUAAAGCUGCCUAUAACUUGUUCUAUGUCAGGUCUACUGUAAAAUAAAGUGACAUUGUAUGGGUUUCAAUUUUGACGUAGAUCUGGGAUUCUAAAAAAGGAAAACAAUAAAGUCAUGAUGAUGUUAUAAAAAUGCUAG